GGGAGGGGCUUGCAGGGCAGCAGGAGGCCCGUGUUAGCAGCACAGACUGCAGCCUUCAGCCUCACAUCAGAGGGAACUGAUUAGCUGUCAAGGGCCGAGAAGGUAGCGACUGAAACUUCACUGCCAACAUGUCCGACGAGGAGCAAGAGCAGACCAUAGCCGAGGAUCUGGUGGUCACCAAGUACAAGAUGGGUGGUGACAUCGCUAACCAGGCUCUUCGUCAGGUCGUGGAGGCAGCCAAGCCCGGGGUGUCCGUGCUCAGCCUCUGUGAGAAAGGUGACGCCUACAUCAUGGUCGAAACUGGAAAGGUCUUCAAGAAGGAAAAGGAAAUGAAGAAAGGCAUUGCCUUUCCAACCAGCGUCUCAGUCAAUAACUGUGUUUGCCACUUCUCUCCCCUGAAGAGUGACCCUGACUACACACUUAAAGAUGGGGAUCUGGUCAAAAUAGAUCUGGGGGUUCAUGUUGAUGGCUUCAUUGCCAAUGUUGCUCACAGCUUUGUUGUGGGAGUCAGUAAGGAGAACCCUGUCACUGGCCGGAAAGCCGAUGUAAUCAAAGCGGCUCAUCUAUGUGCAGAAGCAGCUCUUCGUCUUGUGAAACCUGGUAACCAGAACACUCAAGUGACAGAAGCCUGGAACAAGAUUGCACAGUCUUUCAAAUGCUCUCCUAUCGAGGGUAUGCUGUCCCAUCAGCUAAAGCAACAUGUCAUAGACGGAGAGAAGACCAUCAUUCAGAACCCGACAGACCAGCAAAGGAAGGACCAUGAGAAGGCAGAGUUUGAGGUGCAUGAAGUCUAUGCUGUGGAUGUCUUAGUUAGCACUGGAGAAGGGAAGGCCAGAGAUGCAGGUCUGAGGACCACAAUUUACAAGAGGGACCCCAGUAAGCAGUAUGGCUUGAAGAUGAAGACCUCCCGUACCUUCUUCAGUGAGGUGGAACGACGCUUUGAUGCAAUGCCCUUUACUCUUAGGGCUUUUGAGGAUGAGGCCAAAGCCCGUCUCGGUGUUGUAGAGUGCGCCAAACAUGAAUUGCUACAACCCUUUAGUGUGCUACAUGAAAAAGAAGGAGAGUUUGUAGCUCAGUUUAAGUUCACAGUGCUGCUGAUGGCCAACGGGCCACACAGAAUCACCAACGGACCCUUUGACCCAGAGCUCUACAAGUCAGAGCAUGAAGUUCAGGAUCCAGAGCUAAGGACUUUAUUGCAGAGUUCUGCAAGCCGUAAAACACAGAAGAAAAAGAAAAAGAAGGCAUCCAAGACAGCAGAAAAUGCAACUGGACAGCCAACUGAGGACACAGAAGCUGCAGAAUAGAAAAAACAAACAACAAAACUGCCUUUUCCACACAUGCAACACCCCAAAGAGAAGCAAGAGAAAACACGACAAGCUUCCCUGAACUCUCUGCCCAUGCUACACUUAAUAGUGUUCACUUCACAAAUUAAAAAAAGCACUUGAAUUGAGAAGAACGUUGGCAUCAGUUGAAUGUUUGAUAGUUUUACAUGGAUGCUUAACCCUUUACUGCAUUAAUGGAAGUUACCCUUGGAGGAAUGUGGCUUUUUAUUCCCUACAUUUAGUAAGGAAUAUUUGCAAGCUGGUUUAUAUCUUAAAGAGCCUUGCUGCUGGUGCAGUUUUUUGUUUUGUUUUUGUUUUUUUAAAUAUAAAGAUAUAUUGGUCUUUAUAAUUGUAUUGUAAGCAAAGGAAAAUUAAGCUUACAGUGGGCAUUAAUUCAUUUUUGUCAACUCUUUGUGAGUUUGGGAGUUAUUAAUUGAAACCAACAGAAAGUGGAUCAUAGUUGUUUCUUUAAGGUGUUGUGUAGCUGUGGCCUUCACAAAUUCUCCCGUUCCAUUGAAGGAAAGUGGAUUGUCACUUGUUUUUUCACAAAGUCAAGUUAUGUUAAGUUUCCAGAUAUUAUUUAUCGACAAAUUAAAAUCCAGACUUUUUAUUGGAAGGUGAAUGUUUUUCAUGUCUUCAGUGUGUGAAUCCCAACAAGUAAGGAUUUUAGUCAUUAGCAGCAGCAUUAAAACAAUUCUGAACUGUGAUUCUUAUCCAAACCAUGCAGUAAAGGGUUAAAUUGGGAUGUUGUCUCGGUCAUUUCAACAUUAGACUCUAAAGAUAACUAACGAUUCAGAUAUUUAACCAAAUGAUAAUUUACAAAUUGGUUGUUGCUCCAUACUUCAUGUAUUGAGGGUUUACAGUCACUCUUCUAUCACCAUAUCUUGACCAUACUUUUGGCUGUUUUAGCGACACUAUAUUUUUAAAGCAAUAAUCCACAGAAUAUUUUUAAAUAUACAAGGUGACAAAAACUGUGUAAUCCGCUUAACUUUAGGGAACAAACUGCUACAUUUACUGCCAUUCCUCUUGGAUUUUAUGAAAAGAACUCUACACACCUGUGUUCCAGUUUUAAAAACCUUUUUCUAUUUGAGGCUGCUGACUUGCUUUACAACAUUGUUAGUUUUGUGGCAUAAGAACUGAUCAGGUUUUCGAAUAAAUGUUUUAUUUUUGGAGGGAGAGUCUUCAGAGGAGUUCGAUCCGUCAGAUCAUUUCAGUUCUGGUCUGGGUUUGUGUUGGUUCAUACUCGUCAACGAUUAAAUAUGUUGGAAAAAGCAAAAGUCCUGUUCGUAGCUUAGUCAGAGGGCGACGGACCUUUACAUCUAAUGAAAUAAAAAGUUUUUCAUA